CGCCUCACAUUCUUCUUGUACACUGUAGUAUAUUUGACACCCCCCUUCCCUUUCUCCCCAUAUCAAAUCCUUCCUCUAUUCUAUUCUAUCAUGUCUUCUUCUUCUACUCAAGGAAAGGUCAUCACCUGCAAAGCUGCGGUUGCAUAUGAGGCUAAUAAGCCGCUAGUUAUUGAAGACGUUGAGGUUGCGCCGCCGCAAGCCGGAGAAGUUCGUGUUCAGAUUCUCUACACCGCCCUCUGUCACACUGAUGCUUACACUUGGAGUGGCAAGGAUCCCGAGGGUCUCUUUCCAUGCAUCCUGGGUCAUGAAGCUGCUGGGAUUGUUGAAAGUGUUGGCGAAGGAGUGACUGAAGUUCAACCUGGGGACCAUGUUAUACCGUGUUAUCAAGCAGAAUGCAAGGAAUGCAAGUUCUGCAAAUCAGGGAAGACCAACCUUUGUGGCAAAAUUAGGGGAGCUACUGGAGUUGGGGUCAUGAUGAAUGAUCGUAAGAGUCGUUUUUCAGUUAGAGGAACUCCGAUAUAUCAUUUCAUGGGAACCUCUACUUUUAGUCAAUACACUGUUGUACAUGAUGUAAGUGUUGCAAAGAUUGAUCCUAAGGCUCCUUUGGAGAAAGUGUGCCUUCUUGGUUGUGGUGUUCCCACCGGUCUUGGUGCAGUUUGGAACACCGCAAAAGUUGAAGCGGGUUCGAAUGUUGCUAUUUUUGGUCUAGGAACUGUUGGUCUUGCGGUGGCAGAGGGGGCAAAAGCAGCUGGUGCUGCUCGAAUAAUUGGGAUAGACAUUGACACCAGAAAGUUUGAUCGAGCAAAAAACUUUGGUGUGACUGAGUUUGUGAACCCAAAAGACCAUGAGAAGCCGAUACAGCAGGUUCUUGUUGAUAUGACUGAUGGAGGAGUUGAUUACAGCUUCGAGUGUAUUGGCAAUGUUUCCAUAAUGAGGGCUGCUUUGGAGUGCUGUCAUAAGGGAUGGGGGACAUCAGUUAUUGUGGGUGUUGCAGCCUCGGGUCAAGAGAUAGCCACCCGUCCAUUUCAGCUGGUUACUGGUCGCGUUUGGAAAGGCACAGCCUUUGGUGGCUUUAAGAGCCGCACACAAGUUCCUCAGCUUGUUGAUAAAUAUAUGAAUAAGGAAAUCAAGAUCGACGAGUACAUAACACACAGUUUGACUCUGGAGGAGAUCAACAAGGCUUUUGAUUUGUUGCAUGGAGGGGACUGUCUGCGUUGCGUGCUCAAGGUUUAAAACAUGCCCCAUCAGACAUUGGUUAAGUGAAGUGUUAAAAGAGACUUUAAAGUCUAGAAUAAAGUGCUGUUUAUCUAUUAAUGUCACCUUUAUUUUUCUGUAUCUUGUGGUGGCUCUGUGAAAUGAUGAUGUUUUUUAGUAAUGGAUUUGGUUUUCUGCUUGUUA